AUGGCUAUUGUUGGAGCCUCCAAGUCGGAACUUUUGGACUGGAUUAACGCCUCUUUUGCUGUCAACUACACCAAAAUAGAGCAAUGUGGUACCGGCGCCAUUUAUUGUCUAAUCUUUGAUGCCCUCUAUCCAAACACAAUCAAUGUAUCCCGGGUUCAUAGGUCACCCCAAAGUGAAUUUCAAACCAUGUCUAAUUAUAAGUUGCUUCAACAAGGGUUUAAUAAGGCUAAAAUUACUAGGAAUAUCAAUGUGGAGAAACUGACAAAAUGUAGACUACAAGAUAAUCUAGAAUUUCUUCAAUGGUUCGGUAAGUUGUGGUGUGAUCAUCACAAAGACUUUUCCUUUUCCUCCUCUUCAUCGAGACAAUCCUCAAGACCUACAUCUAGAAGAACAACUAUAAAUACUCCUAAACAAUCCCUCGAAAGACCUCUUAGAUCCGAACGAUUAACAAAGCCAGAUAAGAAUGAACGUUCUGAGAGGGCAUUUCCAUCGACUUCGAGAAUUUCCGAACAAAACAACAAGAGUGUUCAAUAUGAGAAGGAGAUUCAGCUUUUGAGUUCUCAGUUGCAGGAUAUGACAAAUCUAAAGAAUGGAUUAGAAAUCGAGAGAAAUUUCUACUUUAACAAAUUGAGAGAUAUUGAAAUUCUUUGUCAAAAUAUAAGUCAGACUUCUAACAAAGAGAAUAUAUCAACGAUGCAAUUGAUCAGUGAUAUAAUGGAUAUUAUGUACACCACGGAAGACGGUUUUCUUUUACCAGAUGAAGAGGAAAACGAUGAUGUGGAAGGUCAAGAUAGUGAAUUACCCGAAUUAAGUCCUCAAAAUCAUGAUCGAAGUAAUGAAUUACUUGAUCAGGAUACAUUGGAUACAAUCCAAACAGAAAAGUCUUUAGUAACACCGAAUCAAACGCAAACUGAUCAUCUAUUCGAUGAUGAAACUUUUUAA